GAUUUCUUCUAGUAGCACUGUUAACUCUUGUGUUGUUUUAUAGGUCCAUGGGGCCGAUGCAUGGGAGACGAAUGUGGUCCAGGAGGCAUUCAGACCAGGGCUGUGUGGUGUGCCCAUGUGGAAGGAUGGACGACAUUGCAUACAAACUGUAAGCAGCCAGAGAGGCCGAAUAACCAGCAAAAUUGUUUCAGAAUUUGUGACUGGCACAAAGAAUUGUAUGACUGGAGGCUUGGACCCUGGAAUCAAUGUCAGCCCGUGAUUUCAAAAACCCUGGAGAAACCCCUCGAGUGCGUUAAGGGGGAAGAAGGUGUUCAGGUGAGAGAGAUCACGUGCAUCCAGAAAGGCAAAAACAUUCCUGCAGAGGACAUCAUUUGUGAGUACUUUGAGCCCAAGCCUCUCCUGGAACAGGCCUGCCUCAUCCCUUGCCAGCAAGAUUGCAUUGUGUCUGAGUUUUCUGCCUGGUCCGAGUGUUCAAAGACGUGUGGCAAUGGGCUCCAGCACCGGGCACGUCACGUUGUCGCGCCCCCUCAGUUUGGAGGCUCUGGCUGUCCAAACCUGACGGAGUUCCAGUUGUGCCAGUCCGGCCCAUGUGAAGCUGAGGAGAGCAUGUACAGCUUGCAUGUGGGUCCUUGGAGCACGUGUUCAAUGCCUCACUCGAGACAAGCAAGGCAAGCAAGGAGACGUGGGAAGAAUAAAGAACGGGAAAAAGACCGAGGAAAAGGAGUAAAGGAUCCAGAGGCCCGUGAACUUAUUAAGAAAAAGAGAAAUAGAAACAGACAGAACAGACAAGAGAACAAAUAUUGGGACAUCCAGAUUGGAUAUCAGACCAGGGAGGUUAUGUGUGCAAACAAGACUGGGAAAGCCGCUGAUUUGAGCUUUUGCCAGCAAGAGAAGCUUCCCUUGACCUUCCAGUCCUGUGUGAUCACCAAAGAGUGCCAGGUGUCUGAGUGGUCAGAAUGGAGCCCGUGCUCAAAAACAUGCUAUGAUACGGUGUCACCUAAAGGCGCUCGUGUAAGGACACGCACCAUCAGGCAGUUUCCUCUUGGCAGUGAAAAGGAGUGCCCAGAACUUGAAGAAACAGAAGCCUGUGUAUCCCAGGGAGACGGCAUCGCACCUUGUGCCACAUAUGGCUGGAGAACUACCGAGUGGACUGAGUGCCGCGUGGACCCUUUGCUCAGUCAGCAAGAUAAGAGGAGGGGAAACCAGACAGCUCUGUGCGGAGGAGGGGUCCAGACCCGAGAGGUGUACUGCGUGCAGGCGAACGAAUACGUCCUCUCGCAUUUGAACGCCCACAAGGAUAAAGAAGCCUCAAAACCAGUAGACCUGAAAUUAUGCAGUGGUCCAAUCCCUAAUACUACGCAGCUCUGCCACAUCCCCUGUCCAAUCGAGUGUGAGGUUUCAGCUUGGUCAGCGUGGGGACCUUGUACUUACGAAAACUGUAAUGACCAGCAAGGCAAAAAAGGUUUCAAACUGAGGAAGCGGCGCAUUGCCAAUGAGCCUACUGGAGGCUCUGGGGGGACCGGAAACUGCCCUCAUUUGCUGGAAGCCAUUCCCUGUGAAGAGCCAUCCUGCUAUGAAUGGAAAGCAGUGAGGCUUGGAGACUGUGAACCAGAUAAUGGAAAGGAGUGUGGUCCAGGCACUCAAGUUCAAGAGGUCGUGUGCAUCAACAGUGAUGGAGAAGGAGUUGACAGACAGCUGUGCAGAGAUGCCAUCUUCCCUAUCCCUGUUGCCUGUGAUGCCCCAUGCCCGAAGGACUGUGUGCUCAGCAUGUGGUCUUCUUGGUCCUCCUGCUCACACACCUGCUCAGGGAAAACCACCGAAGGGAAACAGAUACGAGCACGGUCCAUUUUGGCCUAUGCAGGUGAAGAAGGUAGAGCUCGCUGUCCAAAUAGCAGUGCUUUACAGGAGAUGCGCAGCUGUAAUGAGCAUCCUUGUACUGUGUACCACUGGCAAACUGGUCCCUGGGGCCAGUGCGUUGAGGACACCUCAGUAUCAUCCUUCAACACAACUACAGCUUGGAAUGGGGAGGCCUCUUGCUCCGUCGGCAUGCAGACAAGAAAAGUCAUUUGUGUACGAGUCAAUGUGGGCCAAGUGGGACCCAAAAAGUGUCCUGAGAGCCUUAGGCCUGAAACAGUGAGGCCUUGUCUGCUUCCUUGUAGGAAGGACUGUAUCGUGACCCCUUAUAGUGACUGGACAACGUGUCCCUCCUCAUGUAAAGAAGGGGACUCGGGAGUCAGGAAGCAGUCUCGGCAUCGGGUCAUCAUUCAGCUGCCAGCCAAUGGAGGCCGGGACUGCAUGGAUCCUCUCUAUGAAGAGAAGGCCUGUGAAGCCCCUCAAUUGUGUCAAAGCUACAGGUGGAAGACUCACAAAUGGCGCAGGUGCCAGAUAGUUCCCUGGAGCGUGCAGCAGGGCAGUCCUGGAGUCCAGGAAGGCUGUGGCCCAGGACGACAAGCAAGAGCCAUUACUUGUCGAAAGCAAGAUGGAGGGCAGGCUGGGAUCCAUGAAUGCCUCCGAUAUGCAGGCCCCGUGCCAGCCCUCACCCAAGUUUGCCAGAUCCCCUGCCAAGACGACUGUCAGUUUACCAGCUGGUCCAAGUUUUCUUCGUGCAAUGGAGACUGUGGUGCAGUUAGGACCAGAAAGCGCACUAUUGUUGGAAAAAGUAAAAAGAAAGAAAAAUGUAAAAAUUCUCAUCUGUACCCCCUGAUUGAGACUCAGUAUUGUCCUUGUGACAAAUAUAAUGCACAGCCUGUGGGGAACUGGUCAGAUUGUAUUUUACCAGAAGGUAAAGUCGAAGUGUUACUGGGAAUGAAAGUACAAGGAGACAUCAAGGAAUGUGGUCAAGGAUAUCGUUACCAAGCAAUGGCAUGUUAUGAUCAAAAUGGCAGGCUUGUGGAAACGUCCAGAUGUAACAGCCAUGGUUACAUUGAAGAGGCCUGCAUCAUCCCCUGCCCCUCAGACUGCAAACUCAGUGAGUGGUCCAACUGGUCUCGAUGCAGUAAGUCGUGUGGGAGUGGUGUGAAGGUUCGGUCUAAAUGGCUACGUGAAAAACCAUAUAAUGGCGGAAGGCCCUGUCCCAAACUGGACCAUGUCAACCAGGCUCAGGUGUAUGAGGUCGUCCCGUGCCACAGUGACUGCACCCAGUACAUAUGGGUCACAGAGCCAUGGAGCAUCUGCAAGGUGACUUUUGUGAACAUGCGGGAGAAUUGUGGAGAGGGCGUGCAAACCCGAAAGGUGAGGUGUAUGCAGAACACAGCAGAUGGCCCUUCUGAUCACGUAGAGGAUUACCUCUGUGACCCCGAAGAGAUGCCUCUUGGCUCUAGAGAGUGCAAACUGCCAUGCCCCGAGGACUGUGUGAUAUCCGAAUGGGGUCCAUGGACCCGAUGUGCUUUGCCUUGCAAUCAAAGCAGUUUCCGGCAGAGGUCAGCUGAUCCCGUCAGACAACCUGUUGAGGAAGGAAAACCCUGCCCUGAUGCUGUUGAGAAGGAGCCCUGUAACCUGAACAAAAACUGCUACCACUACGAUUACAAUGUAACAGACUGGAGUACAUGUCAGCUAAGUGAAAAGGCAGUUUGUGGAAACGGCAUUAAAACGAGGAUGUUAGAUUGUGUUCGGAGUGAUGGCAAGUCAGUUGACCUGAAAUAUUGUGAAGAGCUUGGGCUGGAGAAGAACUGGCAGAUGAACACAUCCUGCAUGGUCGAAUGUCCUGUGAACUGUCAACUUUCUGAAUGGUCUCCUUGGUCAGAAUGUUCUCAAACAUGUGGCCUCACAGGAAAAAUGAUCCGAAGACGAACAGUGACUCAGCCCUUUCAGGGUGAUGGAAGACCAUGUCCCACCCUGAUGGAACAAUCCAAGCCUUGCCUAGUGAAGCCCUGUUACCGAUGGCAAUAUGGGCAGUGGUCUCCAUGCCAAGUCCAGGACGCCCAGUGUGGAGAAGGUACCAGAGUAAGGAACAUUUCUUGUGUAGUGAGUGAUGGGUCAGUGGAUGACUUCAGCAAAGUGGUGGAUGAGGAAUUCUGUACUGAUAUUGAACCCAUUAUAGACGGUAAUAAAAAAAUGAUUCUUGAGGAAACCUGCACGCAGCCUUGCCCAGGUGACUGUUAUUUGAAGGAAUGGUCCUCGUGGAGCCUGUGUCAGCUGACCUGUGUGAAUGGUGAGGACCUUGGCUUUGGUGGAAUCCAGGUCCGAUCCAGAGCAGUGAUUAUACAAGAACUAGAGAAUCAACAUUUGUGCCCAGAGCAGAUGUUAGAAACAAAAUCAUGUGAUGAUGGCCAGUGUUAUGAGUAUAAAUGGAUGGCCAGUGCUUGGAAGGGCUCUUCCCGAACAGUCUGGUGUCAAAGGUCAGAUGGUGUAAAUGUAACUGGGGGCUGCCUAGUGGUGCGCCAGCCUGAUGCCGACAGGUCAUGUCAUCCCCCGUGUACUCAACCCCACUCAUACUGUAGCGAGACAAGAUCAUGCAGUUGUGAAGAAGGGUACACGGAAGUCAUGUCUUCUUAUGGUACACUUGAGCAGUGCACACUUAUCCCCGUGGUGGUGAUACCCACCGUGGAGGACAAAAAAGGAGAUGUGAAAACCAGUCGUGCAGUGCAUCCAACCCAACCCUCCCUUAACCCAGCAGGACGGGGAAGGACCUGGUUUCUACAGCCAUUUGGGCCAGAUGGGAAACUAAAGACCUGGGUUUACGGUGUAGCAGCUGGGGCAUUUGUGUUGCUUAUCUUUAUUGUCUCCAUGAUUUAUCUAGCUUGCAAAAAGCCAAAGAAGCCCCAAAGAAGGCAAAACAACCGACUGAAACCUUUAACGUUAGCCUAUGAUGGAGAUGCAGACAUGUAAAAUACAACUUUUCUUGGCAACAACUAGUUUCGUCUUUCUGACUUUGUAGUAGAUAUCCAGAGGCCAGGAAGGUAUUCGAACUGUGUGGAUUAAAAUGCAUUUUAAUUUUUUUUUAAAAAGAAAAAAAAAAAUCAUAAAGAAAGGAGUGAAAACCAUGGUACCAACGGGAAUAUCCAAGACAGUACCACUUGCAGAUAGACCAUCAGCCCUGAGAAUUCUAGAUUUAGUUGAACACAUUCUGCAUUCUGAGAGUUUUGUGAUCUAUUCUGAAAUCUACCAACUGAAAAGUCACUUUUAUCUCUAAAAUAUGGUGGUGGAAUUGGCCGAUUAGGACGCCAGGUGGAAGAAAGACUCCGUCGGCAGCGUUAACACUUAGUAACUUUUUAGCAUGAAGAGUUUAUACCAAGAUCUCUACUAUACUAUAGUCAAGCAUAAUAACAUGUAUACUCAAUUGAAUGAUACAUAUUAUCAUGUCAAAUUAUGUACUUCUCAAUAAGCAAUUUUAAUGCUGAAUAAGAGAUAGGCUCUAAACUGAGUAGAAAAUCCACUGAAUAAAUUCAGCGUCUUGGUAGUUGACGGUAACUUUAUUGACCUGCAUUUCAGAGGCAAAAACAUUUAUACGACUUUAUUCUUGUCUGUCUCCAAAGUAUGAAUGCUGGACAUGUACUAAUAUCUUAGAAGAAAAGAGUCCUCCAGUUUAGUAUUUUAUAGCAGUUAUUGUCGGGAAAACGAAUUUGCUCGUGUUAAUACGUUUCUACGUUCCCUGAUUUUCAAGCUGGUUGCCUGUGUCUUUUUUGGUAUGUGGAAAGCACAUUUUUGCACUAUAUUAGUGCAGCGUGAUAGGCACUUAACCGGUAUCGCCAUAGAAACUGCUUCUUUUCACAUGGGAUGAAGACAUCUGUGCUGAGUGUCAUGGAGACGUUUGCAAGUUCUUGUAUCCUGAAGAAAGUACAGUUUGGAUGGCGACAGGAUGGAAUCGGCUAUUCCAUCUGCUGUAUACAUUCUUCCUCAUCGCUGUAGCUAUUAUGGAAUCAACGGCAUGGCGGUAUUUAAGUGUUGAAGUCCCUGACCCAUGAACCCCUCAAAAGGUGGAUUCCUCCAGUUGGUUUUUAAUUGUACUUUGAAGGCUGUUUAUGACUAGAUUUUUAUAUUUGUUAUCUUUGUUAAAAAAAAGGAAAAGAAAAGAAAAAAGGAGCUGGUUGUCUUUUUAAUUUUGAGCAAAUGGAGCAAAUAAUGUAUCAAUGGUUUUUAUAACUUAAAAAAAUCAAAAUUAUGUGUUGAUUUUUCUUUCUCCCUUGUUUACUUUCCCAGUUUGAGCU